AUGUUAUUGGGAAUAUUUUCCACUUCUUCAGUUGUGAAAGAUUUAAUUAUUGUCAUUAACAAGAUGGACCUUGUUGAUAACUCUUUGGAAUUAUUUGAUUUUGUGCGAAUUUAUAUUGAAAAAUCAUUCAAACAAAUGCAAACUUUCAGAAAGACAACAUUGAAAAUUAUUCCAAUGUCUUUAAUGAAUGAAAAAAACAUUGUUCGUCCUUUCGGAAGUCCAUUUGAACAGUAUGAUACCUUUCUUUCGUGUUUAAGAGAAUUGAAACCAUAUCCAUAUGACCAUACUGCUCCUUUUCGAAUGAUACAUUUUGAUACUUAUAGUAUGUAUGGUCUAGGAAGAAUUUGUGCUGGAAAGGUAAUUUCUGGAAUGGUUAGGAAUACCGAAGAGUUUGAGAUUUGUCAAUCUACGCUUCGAAAAACAUUUCAAUGUACAUCUCAAGGGCAAUCUCUAAUGUCUUUCUAUGACAGUCUCACAGUAUCAGUCGCUGGUGAGUUAUUGGCCUGUAAUUUAUUCAGAGGUUGGGCACUGAUAAAUUAUGACGACUACUAUGGUCCAAUGACCUUUUUCAAUCGUUCAGAAACAAUCUGCAAACCAUGCACAUCCUACUUUACUGUAAAAUUAAGUGGACCAGUUUGUAACAUGAAGUUUAAUCAUUUUAUCAAGGAACUAAUGGUUUUCUUUUUUGGAUUUAAGGCACAUGUUGAGUUAAUUUCAAAAUCCAAACCAUUACACAAUCAACAAUAUAUCUAUGCAACAUUUAAGUUCAAAGAUAACGAACCAGCAUUUACCUUAGAAAAGUUUGAUGAUGUUCCAGAAAUGAGUAGAAUUACCCUCUUCCUAAAUCGAGUCAUUGGAUAUGGAAUUGUGACAGAUAUCACAAAUGACAAAUACUUGGCAGAACUUGAUUAUUGUUCGGAUGAUGAUGACGAGUAUAAUGAAGAAGAGAAUGAAUGGUCCAUCGAGGAACAACGUUUAAAAUUAUAUGGCAGAGAAGAGUCUGAUGAAGAAGAAGAUGAAGUGGACGGAGUGGAUGAUUUGGUUGAUCACUUUAAAUCACACUCGAUGGUUUCUACUGGUGAACAGAAGAGAAUUGUUCCAAAGAAUAAGAAGAAGAAGGAACAAGAUGAUGCCAAUAGAAUUAUCAUUGUACAAGUUGAAGAAAAGAAGAGCAAGGAAAACGUGAAUUGGGACUCUGUUUAUAGUAAAUUGGAGAAUAGAAAAUUGAAUCAGAUGAAGUUUACUAUGAAGGAUAUUGAAAGCCACAAAUUGCACUACGAUAAAGUUGAUACCUCUCGUUUUGAAGUGACUAAUAGUGUUGCAGUAGACAAUUCCGACGAUGAAGAUGCUCAACAACGAAGAAAAUUCAAAGUAUUUGAACAAAAAGUUAUCAAACAAAGUGUUGAUCUUUCCCUUGGUAAGAUGGCUGGAUCUGCUCAUGGCAGUCUUGUCUUUUUAUCAGGAGGUGGUAAAUCAGGAAGAAUUUAUUCACAAUUAGUUUGUUAUGAAGUGAAGGAGAAAAAGUGGGUUGACAUGAAGGAAAAUAUGUUUAAUUAUUAUAGAAAACAAAACCUUACCGAUAUGUUAUUCCCUCCUGCAAUAGAAGGCCACAUCAUCCUUAUUUUGGGAGAAUAUUUGAUUUGGUAUGAUUUCAAGCAUACUUGUAUGGCUUUGAAGAAUUACUUGGAAUUGAUUAAACCAACACCUGCCAAUAAGAUUGAUAAGAGUAAUCCACCAAUUCCUGUUUGGAUGAAUGUCUCAGUUGAAACAAUAACCAAGGCAGUUAGAGAAACAACAGGUCAUUCUCUUUCGAAAUCCAAUAAUGAACCUAAGUUCUGGUCUUUUGGUGGCCGUGAUGUUAAUGGAGUUUUAACAAAUCAAUUUGUUGAAUAUAAUAUGGUGAGAAGAACCUUCUGGAGUAAAGUUCAAAAUGGAGUUAUUGAAUUCAGCAUGACUAGAGAUUUGGCAAAUAUUGCCAAUCCAAAGGCCAUCCCUUUACCAAGAGAAAAUCAUGCUCAGUGUACUGUUGGUAAUUCUAUUUUCAUCUUUGGUGGUAAUUAUACCCAAAAGGACAACUUGUUGAAUGAUCUUCACAGAUAUGACAUUGUCAGUAAGAAAUGGAAUGAAAUUGACUUGACCUUUAUUCCACCACCAAUGAGAAAUCACUCCCUUUGUAAUUGCAUUGACCAAUACAUUUACCUUACUGGUGGUAUUUUGCGUGGCAAUACUAUCAGUGAUGUCAUUUACAGAUUUGAUGUAAAGAAUAAUGAAUUUGCAGUCAUCAAUCCAGGAGGUCCAUCAGAGUAUGUCUUGUACGGAAAUGGAAUUACUACUCCAAGAGACUUGCAAUUACCAAGAGCUGAUCAUACUACACUCUACGAUCAAGGUCAAUUGUACAUGAUUGGAGGUAUGACAGAUUAUGCCAAGAGAAGUUAUUGCAAAGAAGUUGUUGUCCUCAAGGAAUGUUCUGAUAUUGGUGUGGAAAAUAGUUCUUACAUUUAUCUUAAGAAUGAAUUUGAAAAACAAGCUAAUGGUGAUCUCAGUGGAUAUGACCUUAUUUUGAAAGUUGCUGAAAGAACCAGUGGUGAAACUGAAUACAUCUAUGUCCACAAGUGUUUGGUUUCAUCCAGAUCUACCUAUUUCAAGGACUUGUUGGUCGGUCUCAAUGAUGUAGAUAUGGUUGAUGGAAAGUCUAUCUUUGAACUCAAUGACUAUCACUUGGAUACCAUGAAUAUUUUCAUUAGAUUCUUGUAUACUGGUGAUAUUAUUAUUCCUGAUACUGUCAAUACUGAAUGUUUGCAAGAAUUAUUGAACAUUUCCAAGUUGGAUAUUGAUCGUUAUGGAAUUAUUCUCUCCGUUUGCGACCAAAAGAGACUCUACUUGGAUAGCUCUACUGCUGUUUUGAACCAACUCAAGCACGAUUGCUCUGCAUUGUAUCAAAAUAUUGAAGAUACUAUGGACAAUUUUAUCAGAGAGCCAUGUGCUGAGAAUAAUUAUGCAGAUGUUACCAUUCAAUUAUUAGAUCCACAUACUGGAGAGUUGCUUAAUGAAUUGAGAGCUCACAAAUUAUUCAUCUGUAGAUCCAAUUACAUCUCAACAGUUUUCAGCUCUGGAAUGGAAGAAACAACCACAGGUGUUAUCAAGUUUGAUGAAAUCAGUCUUAAUGGUCUCUUGAGUGUCCUCAAAUAUUUGUACACUAAUGAGAUUAUUGUUUCUAUUGAACAUGCUGUAGAAGUAUUCAUCUGUUCACUUCUCUUCCAAUUGAACGAGUUGGCCAACUAUUGUAGAACUAUUGUCAUCCAACAUAUUACUGUUGAUAAUGUUUUGGAAUUAUCCUUCUUGGUCGAUGUUUACAAUGACUUGGCUCUCAAGAACAACUGCAUCAAAUGUAUCAGCCAAAACUUUGAAGAAAUUUCUAAGCGUGAUGGAUUUGAAAACUUAUCCUCUGAAAUCAAAGGAGAAGCCAGAACCAGACACUUUGAAAUGGUUAAAAAGUUGACCAAGAUGAAGGCCAAGGAAAGAAUGAAAGUUAAAAAGUAAUUCCUUGACUGGAACAAGCAGAUCGCAACAGAAAGUUUCUGUUGUCUCUGAACAUUUUGUUUUCUGCUUCAACAAUGGUAUUGAAAUAACUGGAUAAUAAUACUCAAUAUUCAAGAGUUUAAUUUUCCUCAUAUUGAUAGAGUAUUAUCUUGAAAACUCUGAACGAUAAAUUACAAAUCAAGUGUAGACUAGGAUGAAAGUGUCUACUGGACGUCUUUUACCGUGCUGGAGCAGAAACAAAAUAAAUUAUUGUGUGAU